CUGUUAUGUGAUUUUGUUCAGUAGCCCGAUUGCGACAACUGUGUUUAUCCUACUAAUCGCCAGAUUCCGAAUGUACGACGGCUUACAUGGAAUGAGUUGUUUGUGUUCUUGUUUAAUACCAGAUCAACUUUAGUUUUUUCUGAUGCGGUUUUCGUUGACGUCCGACAGAAGCACACAAAGGUGAAAUUCGUGUCCGGGGACCGUAACAAGAUGAAGCCAAGAGCAUACAUCUGACGACCGGUGACAUCAAAAGACUCCCAGGGAUACCUGCCUGUACCAUCUAAUGGCCAAUGUGUUCGAUAAUUAAUCAGUUGUGUGAUCGACUUCGAGAUGAUUCCGUAUAUUGUCGGUACACUAUGCGCUUCAUACUUGUGACAGCCUCGUUAAGUUUUUGCAUUUUGUUGACAAAUAUAACUUGUAUAGUUUGUAAUCAACGUGUUCGCUUCACUUUGCCUACCUUGGCAGGACUUGAGGAAUGUCUAUAAACCCGGUGACAUUCUGUCCUGACGAUGUGUUUAUAGUCGCCGCUCGGCGUAGCCCUAUCGGUCGCAAAGCAGGAAGUCUUUCUGGUUUAGCUGCUCACCAACUCGGUGGGCAGGUUAUUACUUCUGUUCUCGAGGAUGCCGUCCAAGCAGCAUCUCCCGCAACGCUAACAAAGGAACGCCUAAUUCAGUCCUUAGAUGAAGUGAUCAUCGGUCAGGUUUUCACGGCGGCCGCUGGACAAAAUCCAGCCAGACAGGCUGCCGUGCUUGCAGGCAUUCCGUAUUCUGUCCCGGCUUGGGGAGUUAACAUGCUCUGUGGUUCUGGACUUCGGACAGUUUGUUUGGCCUAUGAACAAUUGAAAGUGGCCAAAUCUUCCUCCGGUGGCUGGAUUAUUGCUGGGGGCCAGGAGUCGAUGAGUCAGUCUCCCUAUUGCAUUCCAUCCAAUGUUUGUCUGCGUCACCGUGACGAACAGACUGCAUGCAGUCUUCCGCAUCUGGACACUGUGAAACCUAUCAACACGGUAAUCCAGGAUGGCCUGACGGACGCAUUUUGUGGCAUAUUGAUGGGAGAGACUGCUGAGGUUAUUGCUGAAAGAUAUAAUAUUGAUCGACAACAGCAGGACGAAUUUGCCUUCAACUCCCAGAAGAAGUAUGCGGCGGCGAAAGCCAGUGGGUACUUUGAUACCGAACUGACACCCAUCGAAGUGCCUGCCAAAAGUGGAGGCGACGAAGUAAUCAAAGUCACUACGGAUGAACAUCCUCGUCCGGACAUCUCUAUGGAAUCACUCAGCCGUUUAAAACCGGCGUUUGUCAAAUCGGAUCGUCCAGGUACAGUAACCGCUGGGAAUGUGAGCGGAAUAAACGAUGGUGCGGCAUUCCUACUUCUGUGUCGCGGCGACCAGCUACUGACUCAUGGCAUACAGCACCCGAUGGCUCGAAUCGUCGGUUGGCAUCAGGUUGGUUUGGAACCGCAACUAAUGGCUUUGGGACCGCUUUAUGCGAUUCGGGGCCUUCUCGAUCGUAUCGGUUGGACGAUUGAUAUGGUAGACGUGUUUGAGGUGAACGAAGCUUUCGCGGUGCAGUGCAUUGCUGUAAUGCGUGAACUAAACAUUCCACCAGAAAAAUUUAAUCUUCAGGGAGGUGGUAUCGCCCUUGGUCAUCCAUUGGGCUGUUCAGGUGCCCGUGUUCUAGUCACCCUUGUCCAUUUGCUUCAGCGUCUGAAACGUGAAUCACCAGACGCAAAGGUCCUCCGUGGCGUCGCGGCACUUUGUGUCGGCGGUGGGAUGGGGAUCGCAAUAGCUGUGGAAUCCAGCGCCAGCUGAAUUUGUGAUUUUGGCAUUUCAUAUAUGUCCUAUGUUUGAUCAUUUAUCAUGAUUUGUUGUCAGAAUAAAGACUUGUGC